GUGACGAUGAAGAUUGACGAAAAACAUGCGGGCAAUGGGAGCCUCGUAGGAAAGAGCCAGCUCUACCUAGGGGAGCAGCAUCAGGCAAACCACAAACCAGCAGCAAAUGGGAAAGCAGAAGGCUUCAUAAAGCCAGUGACAGAUGGGAAGGAUGACAUGUCCAGAAGGAGUCUCAACUUGUACAGCUGGCAGGAGAUCCAGAGACACAAUCAGGAGGCCGACCAGUGGCUAGUGAUCAACCGCAAGGUCUACAAUGUCACUGGCUGGGCGGACCGUCAUCCAGGUGGGCGCCGGGUCCUCAACCACUAUGCUGGGGAAGACGCCACGGAUGUCUUCAGAGCCAUGCACCCUGAGCUUGACCUUGUGCAAUUGUACCUUAAGCCACUGCUCAUCGGAGAGCUUGCCCCAGGAGAGCCCAGCCAGGAGAGAAACAAAAAUUCCCAGUUGGUAGAAGACUUUCAGGAAUUACGGAGGACAUUAGAAGCUACAAACAUGUUCAGUGCCAACCUGGGGUUCUUUUUCCUUCACCUCAUCCAGAUCUUGACUUUGGAAGCCCUGGCUUGGCUAAUGCUGUGGUAUUUUGGCAAUGGCUGGCCAAUUACAAUAUGUAUUUCCUUUCUUCUUACAAUUUCUCAGGCCCAGAGUUCAUUUUUGCAGCAUGACACAGGCCAUCUUUCCAUAUUUAAGAAGUCCAAAUGGAACCACCUGAUGCACAGAUUUGUGAUGUGUCAUCUCAAGGGCCUGUCAGCAAACUGGUGGAAUUAUCGACACUUCCAACAUCAUGUAAAACCAAACAUUUACCCCAAAGAUCCAGAUAUUGAUAUAGGCCCACUUUUCCUCAUCGGAGAUUUGCAACCUGUCAAGUAUGGCAAGAGGAAAAUCAAAUACAUUGACUAUGAAAAGCAGCACCUGUACUUCUACAUGGUUGGGCUUCCCCUCCUCAUGCCUGUAUAUUUCAACCUGCAAUCCAUGCAAGUGAUGUACCUCCGAAGGUAUUGGGGGGAUAUUGCCUGGGUCAGCAGUUUUUACCUCCGCUAUUUCAUCACCUUUGGCCCUUUCUAUGGAAUCUUCGGAACCAUGUUGCUCAUAUAUUUGGUCAAGUUUCUUGAAAGUCCCUGGAUUACAUAUGUUACGCAGAUGAGCCAUUUAGCAAUGAAAAUGAGCCGAGAGGAGAACAGAGACUGGUUCAGUACGCAGGUCUUGGCCACCUGUAAUGUUGAACAGUCCUUUUUCAAUGACUGGUUCACUGGGCACCUGAACUUCCAAAUCGAGCACCAUCUGUUCCCCACUAUGCCUCGUCAUAAUUAUCACAAGGCGGCACCUCUGGUGAGGUCCCUGUGUGCCAAGCACGGAUUGCAGUACGUGAAUAAGCCCAUGUUGAAGGCAUUUGGAGAUAUUGUCAGGGCAUUGAAGAAAUCUGCAGCCCUCUGGGUGGAUGCAUACUAUGAAACAUGA